AUGGUGCCGUGUCUACCAUGGGGAGAGGAUAAGAAAUACAAUACUCCUUCGAAGACAAUGCACCAAAACAUUCCGGGUAAUGGACAGGUCCAACCUACAUUUCUGUUGAUUGCACACUUGGUUCAGGCGAGUGACUAUCUCGAUGCAGCGGAUUAUGCAGUGAUGGACCAGGUGACACCGGCCUUAGCGCGCGGCUCCUUGCUCUUGGAGUUUCCUUUUUCUCGUCCCUGGAAGACUACUCGGAAACGACGAUGGGGCUUUGGAAAAGUUCACAAGGACCGAUACAGCACCCAUGCAAAAGUCAAUCCCCGCUCUAUGAUCCACUAUGCCUGGGGUUUUCUGUCGCACAUCGAUCGCCACAAUAUGAUUGUUGCGUUGCCUCAAUGGCGUCAAUAUGCCUCUCUGCGCCGUUUCGCAUCUGUCACUUCACUGGCUUGUUUGAAAGAACCCCGCGUCCUUCCAGAGACAGGUAUUCCGACCGUGUUGGAUCCUGUACGGGCGAAAUUCAAUUCUGCUGGUCUUCUUCGCUUUGACUUUCUUCAUGGUGAUUUCAUCCGUUGGUUGGGUGGAGAAUAUGUCAAUUCAGCUCGUGACUUCAAUGCCGAAUGGGAUGUCAUCGACUCCACAUUGCAUAAUCGCGAAGUCCCUGCUGAAUAUCCUCCGCUAAAACUGGAAAUGGCUUACCGUAUCCAGACCGAGGGCGUUCCCAUCAAGGCCCAAUACACAACGCCGAUGUCCGCUACUGUUCUACGUGAAGAAUAUGAUAACCAUCCAGCCGUUGCUGCCAAUUUUUUGAAAGUCGAAGAGAAGUUUGCGAAAGAAGAAUGGAAGGCCUAUCACCUUCACUACUUACGGUUCGUCUUCCAAUUUAUUCCCGGAUUGGUUAUUAAUCCCAUCCAGUGGGUUUUUGACAAAGGCAAGGGCCGGAUUUGUAUUGAUUGUUCCAAUGGUCCUGACGACUUGGGAUCAAUCAACACCUACAUCCCAAAACCGAAGCAAGAUGAAACGGGCGAUGAGUGCCCACCCAUUCACUACCAGUUCGCGUUCAAACGCUUCCUUCGUCAGAUUCUCCGUAUGCGCAUCACUGAACCAACGAGUCCAAUCUUGGUUCAUGCUGAUGAUGUCGAGGCUGCCUUUCGCCGAGUGCUUUAUCAUCCGGAUGUGGCUGUGGCUUUCGCAUAUGUCUUCUCUGAUUAUUUGAUUGUCCCGGUGGGUCAAGUGUUUGGCUCGCGAAAUGCUCCUUCUUUUUACUGUGUCCUUGCUGAUCUGCGAGAGGUCCUGGCUACGUGUCGAGUCGACGUCCCUAUGGACGAAUUACAUGAUUUGGUUCAAAAAUGUUCUAUUUCUGUUGAUACGACUACACCUUUGUGUACGGUGCCUGCGGAUUCCCAUCAUCCAUCAUUGUCUAUGGAUGAACUGCUACGGAUGUACAAUGCCAGCUAUGUUGAUGACAAUGCGGUCGCUGCCUUUGCUGCCCACAUUGAACAAGCCAUACAUCAUAGUGUGAUGUCGGCUUUUGAGGUUUUUGGCCAUGAUCCACGUCGAGGUGACUGCCUUCAAGCGACAAAGUGGGAACCUGAGGUCACCGAAACCUUCUUGUUUUUGGGUUUUCGUAUCAAUACCCAUGAUAUGACAGUCUCUUGGCCCCUUUACAAACGCGAAGAUUUGCACUUGCAGUUGGUGGACAUUCUUAAGCGUCGUCCUCGUUGUGUCUCUCCUCGAGAAAUGGCAAAGAUUGUUGGCAUUGUCAGAUCUGCAUCUGAGAUUGCUCCAUGGGGCAAUUUCUUGAGUUUCAACUUGCAAAAUGCACUGACACAAGCGGCCAAGAAUGCUUUCUCAGACAAACAA